AGGUAAUGAGAGCUCAACUGUUUAGAUGUUUGGAAGGCCACCAUCACCUCAGGAAUAUAUUUGAAAGGUUUAACUGAGUCUAGAGAGGAAAUAACAGGCAGUACCAGGCAUUGAAAAAGAUAAAGAGCAGAGGAAAGCUAAGGCCAAAGCAAGGACAAGGAUCUAAGAGAUAAGACAGGGAAGUUUUAAGUGAAGAUAGAGUGAAAAGGAGAUUUUUAUAAGUACAGUUUUUAUAAAGUAAGAAUUACAGCAGAUAUUUUAAAGUUGUAUCAGAGAGGAUGAAGCUUAGCGAAAGGAAAGCGAAGCUGCUGGCCGGCACAGACACCAUUGAGAUGGAGCAGUUUUCUUCAGAGGAGCCCUGCAUGGGGACAUCAAAACAGAAGGAGGAGGAAGGACAGAGCUUUGACAAGAGACACCUGGAGCAUCCUUGUGUCCCCGACUGUGAGGAGGAACCAGAGGCGCAGGUUCAGCCCCCACGCAUGCAUCUCGCCAUGCCCAAAACAGAGGCUAAGCACUGCCCUCCUGACCUCCUGGAGGAAAUUGAGAUGGAAAUGGAGGUGUUUCCACCCUUCAAAAUGCCUGAGACUGAAAAUAAAAUAGUCAAAUCAGCUGAUCCUUCCAUAAUGACCCCGCCGUCCCUAAACAAAGCUAGUCGUCUCAAGUGGAAGAAACUGACUCCGCAGAAGACAGGACUGGUGGUCAAAGAUGUGGUCUGUCUACCCAGAGGACACUACCUGACACAGCUGGAGAGACACAGUAAGCCACAAGGCAAAGAACGAGCAGCUCUAGCGGCCAUUGGGAUGACUGCUCGUAUUACCAUUGAUAAUGGUUGGUCGGCCAAUCAAAUGGAGAGUCGGCUGUCUACGCUCUUCCAGGGGCGGUUUGUAAAACGGGCGGGACAAAGGUUCUCUUUCACAUAUCUGCAGUGUGUACCGGGCUCCAGGGUGCUGUUUGUCCCAGACUCCCCUGCAGAGGGCUGGACUGGGGAGCAGGUACUCAGGACCUGUGGACAUGGUGCUUUGUACAUCCUCAGCCACCAGGACCACCCUCAGUGCAUACAACUCAAAUACUCUCAACAAGCACAAUUGGAGAAGUCAGCAAGCAAGACACCUAUGGUGAACAUGAUGGAGUUCUAUCUGGAGGCCAGCACAGAAUGCUGCCCAGACAAAGAAAAUAAGCUUGGAAGACAAACCCAGCCUUGUGUUCCCAGCACUACCGAGAAGUUCACACUGGACCUGGACUCCAUCCUGAAACUGUUCAGACAGGAGAACAUGGAUCGAGGUGAAGAAACCCACAUCCGGGUGGGGCUGCUCCACAGCGCUCUGAAGAUGGUGAGGACGCCGGGCUUCUGUUUCAGGACAACACCCGGCGUCUCCUUCAGUGGAGAGAAGGCUGAUGGCUCCAAGGGACCUCUCAGAGAGUUCUUCAGAUUGACUUUGUUGGAGCUGCAACAAAGCUCUGUAUUUCAGGGUCUUCCGGGGCGUGUGUUGUUGACCUACGACCUUGCAGCUCUUGAAGAUGGGAAGUAUUAUGAAGCAGGUGUUCUGAUUGGCUGGUCUCUGGCUCAGGGCGGGCCUGGACCUCGUUGUCUACACCCUGCCCUCUACCAGUUGAUGUGUGGCCAGAAUCCCUCUUUGGAGAACUUCAACUGGAGACACAUAGUCAAUGCUGAAGCACAGAUCCGACUGCAACAGCUGCAUAGUUGUACUGAUGUGAAGCUGCUUUCUCCCAGUCUGUGUGACUGGGUGUCGAGCUGUGGGAUCCCUGGAGUAUAUUCAGCCCAUUCUGAUGAAAUACCAUCAAUCUAUAUCCGCCUGGUCAAACAUUACAUCUACCACAGGGUGGCCAGUAUGAUCUCCCAGUUCACAGAGGGGCUGAACAGCUGUGGUGGAUUGUGGGAUACAGUUAAGUCCCACUGGGAGGAGUUUGUGCCAGUGAUGACGAACGCAUAUCAGCAACCUCUGACCCUGGAAGAGUUCAAACCGCUCUUCACCAUCUGCUACAGCUGUCCAGACAGCCAGCUGAGGGUGGCUGAGGAGGCAACAGCUGGACACUGGGAAACAGUUCUCACCAUGAUCAGCGACGAUGAGGCAGAUCUUUCCUUUGAAGACCUCCUUGCCUUCAUCAUUGGAGCUGAUCGUCUGCCUCCUCUUGGGUUACCCAGAUUGAUCUCCCUGCGUUUUUACUCCCAGGAUGCCAGCAUGUCAGAGGGGCGUCUGCCACACGCCUCCACAUGUGCUCUGGAACUCUUUCUGCCGAGGGGAGCGGCAGGGGCUGCAGACCUGAUGGUGCUGCUGAGCAGAGCUGUGCAUGAGGCCCUCGGCUGUACACGUUACCAGACAAAGGGAGAUGGAGAGGGCAGCUGCAGAGCAGUGAUGACAAAUUUAUGAAGUGGGCCAUUGUCUGGACACUCGACGUUUUGCUUUAGCUGACUUUGUGGAGCUGAAAGGUUACUGCAGGAUAUGAAAAACGUGACUCAAAAGAACAAUUAAUGUACAAUCAAUGUUUAUAUAUUUCUAUAUGCUUUAUAAAACAAAUGUUGAAUUUCUUUUCAAAGGAUUGAUUAAAGAACACAAA